CGGUAAUCCAGAAGAAGUUUCCCCUCAGUUAGGGGGGAGCUCCACUUUGAAGCAGGAGACUCCACAACCACCCUGCAUUAAAAAGGAAGAGGAGGAACUCUGCAUCACUCAGGAGGGAGAGUGUCUUCUAGGACGAGAGGAAGCUGAUUACACCAAGUUUCCACUGAGUAUUCUCUCUGUGAAGACUGAAGAUGAUGAAGAGAAACCACAAGUAGACAACCUCUUAGCUCCACUAUCAGAUAGUGAGGCUGAAGACGAGAUUGAAGUAACUUUGAGCAGCGAUACAGACUGUGAAGGUGAUAUGAGGACUCACACUGACAACAAACACUCUGAAUGCUCUACAAAGAAGAGAGGUAAAACAUGUUUGAGCUGCUCGGUUUGUGCUAAAAGUUUUACUAAAAAGAGCAGUUUGACUCUACACAUGAGAACACACACAGGUGAAAAACCCUUUAAUUGUUCAGUUUGUGGCAACAGCUUUUCUGGAAAUGGCUCAUUGACUCAACACAUAAGAACACACACAGGUGAAAAAACAUUUAAGUGUUCAGUUUGUGGCAACAGCUUUUCUCAAAAUAAAAAGUUGACUCGACACAUGAGAACACACACAGGUGAAAAACCCUUUAAUUGUUCAGUUUGUGACAAAAGCUUUUUUAAUAAGAGCAUUUUGACUCAACACAUUAGAACACACACAGGUGAAAAACCCUUUAAUUGUUCAGUUUGUGGCAAAAGCUUUUCUCAAAAUAGCAAUUUGACUCAACACAUGAGAACACACACAGGUGAAAAAACAUGCAAGUGUUCAGUUUGUGGCAAAAGCUUUUUUAAUAAGAGCAUUUUGACUCAACACAUGAGAACACACACAGGUGAAAAACCAUUUAGUUGUUCAGUUUGUGGCAAAAGCUUUUCUAUUAAGAACAAUUUGACUCCACACAUGAGAACACACACAGGUGAAAAAACAUUUAAGUGUUCAGUUUGUAGCAAAAGCUUUUCUUUUAAGAGCAGUUUGACUAAACACAUGAGAACACACACAGGUGAAAAACCCUUUAAUUGUUCAGUUUGUGGCAACAGCUUUUCCCAAAAUAGCCAUUUGACUAAACACAUGACAACACACACUGGUGAAAAACCCUUUAAGUGUUCAGUUUGUGGCAAAAGCCUUUCUUUUAAGAGCAGUUUGACUAAACACAUGAGAACACACACAGGUGAAAAACCCUUUAAUUGUUCAGUUUGUGGCAACAGCUUUUCUCAAAAUAGCCAUUUGACUCGACACAUGAGAACACACACAGGAGAAAAAACAUUUACCUGUUCGGUUUGUGGCAAAAGCUUUCCUCAUAACAGCUCUUUGUGGCGACACAUGAGAACACACGCUGGAGAAAAACCAUUUAGUUGUUCAGUGUGCUGUAAAAGGUUCCCACAUAAAGCAGAUGCAGUAAAACACAUAAGAACACACAAGGGAAAAUAACCAAUUAGCUGUUUAGUUUGUGGUAUGUUGCUCAUAUGUGGUGACAUCCACCCUACCCAGGACCUCCUCACUGCUUCUUUCACAAAUAUCUGAGGUAUUCAUACAAACUUGGAUUAUUUGGAGCAUAAUCUUAUCCACUCAUGACCCCAUGUCUUCUCUGUAUCUGAAACAUUGCUGAACAGUAAGAUAGAUGAUGCUUCAAGUGCUUGGUUACUCCUUCUUCAGUCCAGGGACCUCAUGUGUCAAGUUUGUGCACGCUCAAAAACCUGCACUACACCCUUUUUCACUGCAAAGUUGAGAUGUAUCAAAACUGACGUUGACGCAUAAGUGAUGCUGGGUAACUGUUUGCAUAACCAAGUGCCAACUUUUACUCCUCAGACUGGUUGAUGUGCAAAUCAGAGACUAAUGAACAAUUAACCCCCAACACCCACAACCCAACCCCCACCUCCCUCGACAUUCGGGCAUAACAGGUUCAAUCCGGCCCGCGAGAUGAGUUUGCAAAGUGUAAAAUUCAGCUGUAUUUUAAUGAAAGAAACUGCUGUUCUAAAUGUGUCCACUGGAUGUCACAAUAGCAAUUCUGUUAGGCAAGCAAAUAGCAUAGCAAGUAUACCAAGCAAGAGGUAGACGGUAAAGCGGGGCUGUGACUCCUCCCCCUCCACCCAACGUAAAACAGGAGUAAAAUAAGCAAUCAGUAACCCCACUUAAAAUGCAGCAUGAGACACUGCACACUGAUAUAGUUCUGUGAAAAUGAUUGUCUUCUGUGCAAAUGUAAAGAAAGUGAACAGUGUGUGAUUUACUGCAAUACUGUCAGUCUUUUCACUUUUUAUUUGUGCUUUGUUGAAAUUGUUCACACAUUGCACAGCUUUUAUUUUUCUAUCAAUACACAUUAUGUCUAGAAGACAGGAAGUAACUCAACACUCUUGAAAAGUUUCUACCUCAGUGUGUAUGGUUUGUUGGGUGUUUUUGAAAAUGCACCAUUUUUUUCCCUCAGAAUUUUUA